UCACCUGAGGUCACCUAAGCUCUGGAUCAGCCUACUGGUAUGGCAUGCUUAGAUGGGCAGAGAAGAGUGAUUAAGACAGGCUGGCAAAGAUUAAGCCCAAGGGUAUUUGCCAAGUCCACAGAUCCUCUAUGGUAACUGAACAGAUCUAUAAGCUCCUUUCAUCCUUCUAUCCUGCCUAUAGACUUUCUCUCAGUAUUAAAAUGUUCUCUCAGUAUUAAAAUUUCAGAGCUUGCCAUCUUGUUCGCAUAGAGCAGGGAUCAUCCACCCUUUUUUUCCACCCUCCAUUUACCUGAUAGUCUGGCCAAUCAGUAGCACUAAUGUUGAGCUCAUUACCUGGGAGAAAAGAAAACCAAAUGGAUUCAAGGUCCAGAUUUGGCAUAGGGAGGCUGUGCCGACACAAGAUGUGUCCCUACCCUAAGUGGUAUCCUGGCAAGCCUGAAGGUGCUUGAAGCUGUUUUUUUAAGAGCAGAAUUCCUUAAGAAAAUCAUAGGCACUUUUAAUACUAGUAUUUUUUUUUUGCUCUCUCCACCAGCUCCAGUGCUCAUCAGCUCUAUCACAGAAUUUGUCAAACCCACCCAAACCUUCAGUGUGCUCCACCAUCUCCCCCGGAGCUCCAGCCAGCGCCUGGUUCCUCUCUUCCGCCCCGUCGAGUGUCUCCAGAGACAUGAAUUUGGCCGUGUCCAAACCCGAGGUGAAGGCCAGCCGGUACAUGUGCGGCGGGACCGUGUCUGCCACACUGCCGCGUGACGGUCCGCCAAAGUUCAAGCAGAGGUCCACCCGUCAGUUCAAGAGCAAGCCCCCGAAGAGGGGCGUCCUGGGAUUCGGCAAUGAUAUCCCUGGGAUGGAAGGCUUAGGAAUGGACAUCAUGGUCAUCUGCCCCUGGGAAGCUUACAGCCACCUGGAAUUCCAUGAACUGGCUCAGUAUGGUAUAAUCUGAGACCUC